CGGGCGCCGUCGAGGCGUACGUUCACGGGUAAUUGAUACAAGGGGCGCAGUUCUCCGUGUAUUUUCCUCCAGAGAGAAACGAUUCGAAUAGACGAGGCGCGUUGCGCACGAUCAGUGUAUGAGUUACCAACGGACGGGGAUAGUUUUCGGCGGAGGCCAGUUCCCGACACGACUCCUUAACGGGGAGCCACGCGACACGCCACGCGCCGCUCACGCGUUUCGCUUUCCAUCUUGGUGCAACAACUCGCGACCGUUCUCAGCCGAGUCAGCCAGGUGUUUCCGAGGACCGGUGCUCCAGGUGGUGUCGCGUCGCGUCGCGUCGCGUUCAGGUUCCUCGAUGUGCCCCGACGUCGAGGAGCUACCGUACGGCCGCGUCCGCUUGAGCGCGAGCCAACCUGGUAGCAGGUGAGCUCCGAGCUCGCGACACCGAAGAGGGCACCCGAAGGUGAGAACUGCAGGUGAGAGGGACUGGGCAAGCGCGAGGCUACGCACCUGGAUUUCACCGCUAUAUCGCUUCAGCGGAAAAUGCGGCCAGUGGACGUGCGACGACUUGUUCGAUCCCGAGACCGUGGACAAAGCCCGCGAUAAAUGUCUCUGGUGGAGCGAAACGCGUUCGUGUCGACCGAGGUUCAGGUGUGAUCGAGCUGAAAAGAUUGACCAAAACCGAUAGACAGUGUCCUCGAUGUCGGUGUUACACUCGCGGCUGAUCUCGUCGCUUGGAGCAACGGCGUCGACCUUCGCUACUCGACAGCUACUCAGGAAAACUCUACCCGGUGAUCAAUCUUCCAGUGACCUUCUCCGGAGAGCACCUGGCCAGUUCGCCUGGCGUUAAACGGACCCUCGCGUCAGCUACCAGGAUAGGAGGUCGAGGUUCAGCUUGAGAAGCAUGUCGUCGCACUACCCCCAAGGAUAUCGGUACCGCUCGGCGGCGAAAACGAACGGCGAACAGGGCUCGGACAGCGACGUUGCCGAACUCAGCGAUCUCGAGGACGACGAGGACGAGGACGGGGGUGGCCAGUCGACUGUCAGACGUGUCCUCGCCGAGGAGGAGGACGACGACGAUGACGACGACGACGAAGACGACGAGGAAGAGGGCGACGAGCUACCCUAUCCUGGUUUCGUGCCGGUUGUCAUGCGAUACCUCGACCAGAGUACACGGCCGCGCAACUGGUGUCUGGCGCUCAUCACUAAUCCGUGGUUCGAAAGAGUGAGCAUGAUGGUAAUUCUCUUGAACUGCAUUACACUGGGGAUGUAUCAGCCGUGCGUGGACGACCAGUGCGUAACACAUCGCUGCAAAAUAUUACAAAUGUUCGAUGACAUCAUUUUCGCCUUCUUCGCCUUGGAGAUGACAAUCAAAAUGGUCGCGAUGGGAAUAUACGGCAAAGGAACUUACUUGGCGGACUCGUGGAACAGACUGGACUUUUUUAUCGUGGCGGCUGGGGCUCUGGAAUAUUGCUUGAACGUGGAAAACAUGAAUUUAUCAGCGAUACGGACAAUAAGAGUCCUGAGACCUCUACGUGCCAUCAACAGAAUUCCGAGUAUGAGGAUACUGGUGAUGCUUUUGCUCGACACGCUACCCAUGCUCGGCAACGUGCUGCUGCUGUGUUUCUUCGUGUUCUUCAUAUUUGGUAUCGUCGGCGUCCAAUUAUGGGAGGGCAUCCUGCGUCAACGAUGCUUCCUGAAGGCUCUACCCAACGUCAAGUAUCCCGAGUUACUCUCGGACGAGUACUCGGUUCGAUCACGCAUUUACGAUCUCGAGAAGUACUUCGAAUAUCAAGGUCAGGACUACAUUUGCUCGCGUCCCGAUGACAACGGAAUGCACUCUUGCAGUAACUUGCCGCCGCUCAAGUUUGGAAACGUGAUUUGCAACAACACUGCGUUGCCGAACAAUAAUUCAACGUUUAUCACCAACGAGACCUGCGUUAAUUGGAAUUACUAUUACACGGAGUGCAAGGGUCAGGGUAACAAUCCUUUCCAGGGAACGAUAUCGUUCGAUAAUAUCGGUCUUGCUUGGGUCGCAAUAUUUCUUGUAAUCAGUCUCGAAGGAUGGACAGACAUAAUGUAUUACGUGCAGGAUGCUCAUUCCUUUUGGGAUUGGAUAUACUUCGUCCUAUUAAUUGUGAUCGGCUCUUUCUUCAUGAUCAAUCUGUGCUUAGUUGUCAUAGCAACUCAAUUCUCAGAAACGAAAAAACGAGAGAUGGAGCGAAUGCGAUUGGAGCGGGCUAGAUUUCACUCGACAUCGACUCUUGCAUCAUCGACGAAUACAUCGGAACCAACCACGUGCUACGCAGAAAUUGUCAAAUACAUCGCACACCUGUGGCGGAGAGGAAAGAGGAGGCUAAUAAAGAGAUACCGUGUGUAUUUAUACAAAAAGCAGCAGAAACGUGAGCAGAAUUUACUCAGGGAACAGCAACAGCACGGUCAACCGUUCCGCGGAAGCACAGCCGUCUCUGGUCCAAAUAGAUUACCUGGAGAGUAUGCUGGUAAAGUUCCGCUGAACAGUUUUGGGACAGCCUGCACUUCUCAUCUUGAUGAUCGCUUAGCAGACAGAAGGCUCCAUCACGGAAGGUGUCCUCGGCUUCUGGCGGCCAUCGAGUACGCGGAACACCAGCAGCACCAGCAACAGCAGGGAAUCGGCAGCGGUGGUGGUUCGAUUGCUGAUUUUACAGCGACAAGUCCGCCCAGCCAGGGUACGAUUCUCGGUACCGCGAUCGCCAAUAACGGUAGCAAUGGAAACUUGGCGAUCGCGCCGCGUGCUAGCCCCGAAGUUUCCGAAGCGGACGUGUCGUCGAACGUGUGCCACCGUUUGGCUCUCCAUCGAACGUCCUCCGUGUCUUGCAACGGAAGCGACAACAUCCUUUCCAACGCGACCGAAGCAAGUAUACAGACGAACAACGCGCUCUUAAGUCCUCCUUGCACGCAUUAUCGGAGAAGAAGCAGCGUGAUGUUCAGCGACGUGGUGCUGCUGCACGGUAGCAACAGCGUUGGGAACGCGUUGCAGGCUACUCCGGUGUCGCCCGGUGAGCGCAACGUGUGUUCGAGCGAGAAAAUGACACAGACCGGUGACGGUAAUGUCUGGUCGAGUCCGCUGGCUGACCAUAUGCAGAUGCAAGCUGAAUUGGGUGGAAGCGAAGCUAUGACCUGUCAGGAAUUACUGGCGCUAAGCGGUGCCCUAAGUGCCGCAUUGCCAACGGGCCAACUGGCGUUGGACUCUUUUCUGAAGUCGCUUACGAAAGGGAUAAGGGAUCGACACGUUACUCCAGAUGAUCGUACACAGUGGUUAGCUACGGAUAUUGAUAAUUGUUCCUGUUGCUGCGAGCUACAGGGCGGCACUGAUCAAUGGCCAGACGAUGGUGACAAAUGGGCGAAAUCGUCGCGUGCGAAAAGGUUUUUAAGAAGUUGCGGAUAUUGCUGCGUCAACGCACUACGAUGUAUAAGACGGUUGAUCAAGAAACUGGUCGAGCACAAAUACUUUCAACAGGGUAUUUUAGUGGCAAUUUUGAUCAAUACUUUGAGCAUGGGCAUAGAAUACCAUAAUCAGCCCGAGCAAUUAACCAUAGUGGUUGAAAUAAGCAAUAUUGUGUUUUCGGCCGUUUUCGCUGUGGAAAUGUUACUCAAGAUAAUAGCGGAGGGCCCAUUCGGCUAUAUCAGCAACGGAUUCAAUGUUUUUGACGGGGUUGUCGUGGUACUCAGCGUGGUGGAGAUCUGUCAAGCCUUCGUCGAGGAGAGGAGCGGUAGUUCCGGGCUGAGCGUUUUAAGGACGUUCCGACUGCUGAGGAUCCUGAAGCUGGUGCGUUUCCUUCCAAACCUUCGACGUCAGCUGUUCGUGAUGCUGCGAACAAUGGAUAACGUUGCCGUAUUCUUUUCCCUUUUAGUACUUUUCAUCUUUAUAUUCAGUAUUCUCGGGAUGAACCUGUUUGGUUGCAAAUUCUGUGAAACGAUGAAAGGCAGCUCUGACGUCGAGUGUGAUAGAAAAAACUUUGACUCGUUACUCUGGGCUAUUGUGACGGUGUUUCAGAUCUUGACGCAAGAGGAUUGGAACGUUGUCCUCUUCAACGGGAUGCAGAAGACCUCGCAUUGGGCGGCUCUUUACUUCGUCGCGCUGAUGACCUUUGGGAAUUAUGUCCUCUUCAAUCUGCUGGUCGCUAUUCUUGUCGAAGGAUUCUCUUCGGAGAGGAACGAGAGAAGAGAACGCGAACAAAGAGAUAUGGCCAAGCUUGCAGCAAAGGAAGCAGGAAUGGGAAGCGACGAAGGGUCCUCCAGGAUAUCAAGGUCGCAUUCUAUUACGGAUAGUGAUACUUACACUCAGUUGGAUAUCAUUUUUGGGGAUCGAAAGAACUCGUGGCAGAGCGCCGAAGAGCUGCGCAAAUAUAAAGACAACAACAGCAGAGAAAAGCAAAACACCGUUUGGAAGAAACAGAUGGACGAGCCAAAGUGUAAUAUACAGAAAGAGAAUAAAAUGAUGGGAAGCGCAGGGCAACCGCCCAUAAUCACCCACACAGCAGCCACACCUCAAGAUUCGCCUAAUACCACUCUCGACGUUGGCUAUCGAGAUUUGAACUGUCACGCUGUUUAUCCAACAGCAGCACUGUCGAUCGAAUCGAUCGAUCGUUCAGGUAGCCAAUGCAGUAUACCUUCCGGGUUGCUGAAAUUACCAGAUGUCACAAACAAAAUACCAACUAAGAACCUUAUCGCUGGACAAUUUCCCAGGCGGAUCAGUCUUGUCACCGCUGCUGUUAAUUCUGCGAGAAGGGAGUCAUCCAGCUCUAGUCCGCCAAGAAUACAGAGGGGUUACUCGUGGAAGCUAUCGCGGCCAUCCAUAACGAGGAAACGUUGGUCCCAAACGGAAGACGACCCUCCUGGAAGAGCCAUUGUAUUAAACAACGGUCGAAGCGCUUUGCUUGGUUCCAAUUCAACUUUCAACAGCGGUUAUUUGCACGGUUCGAUAAGAAACGACACGCAAUGCGACACGCCAAACAAUCGUACGACAAUCUUAACGAGCAAUAAUCGUAGCCUCAGCCCUAACAAUUCCAUUGGAAGUCGUAGCUCCUCCAUACGACGGUAUACAGCGACGCCCAAUCAGAUGCGUUGGAUCGGCGAUCUCUCGCGUAGAAACUCGCUGCGCGGAUACGAAAACGUUCAGUCGCCGACGAGAAAGAGCCUAGCUGUGGACGAGGUGCCCGUGCAAUGCUCAACGGCACGUACAAUUAACAAUUUGUCAAUGGAGACCGGUCCACUGCCCAGAAUUAAGCAACUUCCCGAUCAAGAAGACGACAAUCCACGCACGGACGAACAGGCGCCACCGUUGAACGGUCACGGAAGCGCGAGUAGCAUCGAGAGAAUUAAAAAGAUCUUCAUGUUUUUUGAACCUAAAGGUUGCCUUAAAGAGCGCGACGACUAUUCGCUCUAUCUCUUUCCUCUGACUAACAGGUUUCGCGUUUUGUGUCGAUGGCUGGUCGAUCAGAGAUGGUUCGACAACGUGGUCCUCUUUUUCAUUGGUCUUAAUUGCAUAACAUUGGCAAUGGAACGGCCGAACAUACCACCAGACAGCGGGGAAAGACUUUUUUUAGCGAGCGCGAACUACGUUUUCACCGGAGUAUUUGCCAUCGAGAUGUUCAUUAAGGUCGUCGCAUCUGGAAUGCUUUACGGCUCGGACGCUUACUUUACUUCUGGGUGGAACAUUAUGGACGGAGUUCUCGUGAUCAUUUCCAUUAUCGACUUAUCGAUGUCUCUACUUUCGUCGAGUAGUCCGAGGAUAUUUGGAAUACUGAGGGUUUUUAGACUUUUAAGGUCGCUGAGACCGUUACGAGUUAUUAAUCGAGCUCCUGGUUUGAAGCUUGUUGUUCAGACAUUGUUAUCCUCUUUACGACCUAUCGGCAACAUCGUUUUGAUAUGCUGUACUUUUUUCGUAAUCUUCGGUAUCUUGGGCGUGCAGCUCUUUAAGGGUGCCUUUUAUUAUUGCGAGGGGCCUGACAUAAAAAAUGUGCGCAAUAAGACGGACUGCCUAGCUGACAAACGUAACGUUUGGCUGAAUAGAAAGUAUAAUUUCGACGACCUCGGUAAAGCUUUGAUGUCGCUGUUCGUGCUCUCGUCGCGGGAUGGAUGGGUGAACAUCAUGUAUACCGGGUUGGACGCCGUUGGUGUCGAUCAACAGCCAGUCGAGAAUUACUCGGAGUGGCGGUUGUUGUACUUCAUAGCUUUCAUCCUACUGGUCGGUUUCUUCGUGCUUAAUAUGUUCGUAGGGGUUGUGGUGGAAAAUUUUCACAGAUGUCGCGAAGAACAAGAGAAAGAGGAGCGCGUGCGACGGGCUGCCAAACGGGCCUUACAGAUGGAAAAGAAACGACGAAAGAUGCACGAGCCACCUUAUUACACGAAUUACUCGAAAUCCAGGCUGUUCGUUCACAACGUCGUGACGUCUAAGUACUUUGACCUAGCAAUCGCUGCGGUAAUCGGCCUGAAUGUUGUAACAAUGGCGUUAGAGUUUUACAUGAUGCCGAAAGCUUUGACUUACGCUCUAAAGAUAUUUAAUUAUUUCUUUACUGCAGUCUUCAUCCUCGAAUCCUUCAUGAAGCUUCUUGCUUUGGGUCUGCACCUUUAUCUUAAAGACAAAUGGAAUCAGUUAGACGUAGGAAUCGUAAUACUAUCGGUAGUUGGCAUUGUUCUCGAAGAAGUUGAGUCGAAAAUCAUUCCCAUUAAUCCAACCAUAAUUCGCGUUAUGCGAGUCCUUCGAAUUGCUAGAGUUCUGAAGUUGUUGAAAAUGGCAAAAGGAAUACGAGCCCUUCUCGACACGGUAAUGCAGGCAUUGCCUCAGGUCGGGAAUUUAGGUCUACUAUUUUUUCUGCUUUUCUUCAUCUUCGCAGCUCUUGGGGUGGAACUCUUUGGUCGUUUAGAAUGUAACGACGAAAUGCCUUGUCAAGGACUCGGCGAGCACGCUCACUUCAGUAAUUUCGGUAUGGCGUUUCUGACGCUCUUUCGAGUCGCAACAGGUGACAAUUGGAACGGCAUCAUGAAAGACACUUUAAGAGACGACUGCGACGAGGCAGCGGACUGCGUGAAAAAUUGCUGCGUGAGCACCAUCAUCGCCCCGAUUUUUUUUGUCAUUUUCGUCUUGAUGGCGCAGUUUGUUCUCGUGAACGUCGUCGUUGCCGUACUCAUGAAACACCUCGAGGAAAGUCACAAACAGAUGGAGGACGAGCUCGACAUGGAAACGCAACUGGAAAGAGAAUUGGCCGCGGAGCAAGAGGAGCUCUUGGAGGUGGAGGAAGAGGACGACGAUGAUGUUGUGAAGAGAGACGGGGACAGCGAUGAUGGCGAAGGAGAGGACGACGACGUCAGGGAACGAGAAUCCAUUUUAGUGACAAACGAGAAGAUUCCAGUUACCAGGCCUGGCCUCGCCAAAGUUCGUUCCUUGCCGGCGAAUUUCAUUUACAAUCCACCACGAGAGAGAAGUGCAGAGGAUGGGUCUUCUGCGUCACUAUCGCGUCGCAGCUCGUAUCAUCGUCCCAGUUCGAGACCGUCCAAGUUCAAGUCAAAGCGUCGACAAACAUUUCAUUCGGGGCAUCAACAAAGAAGAUCGUUACUGCCGAUGCAUUUCGAAGUCGCCGAAGUUUUCGAGAAGCCUGUGAGCAACCUAAGCGUGCCUCGAAUUAUCUCGCAACACAGCUACGGCUCGGCGAGUCGUGAUCUUAAUCAUGUGCAACGUCAACGGUUACAGGCAACCAGCGACGGCCCAGAGAACAAGUCCCUGCUGAGCGUGUAUAGAACACCAGCGAACUCCUCGCCCAUGACUCCGGCCGGGUCGGUUACCGGUCUAACCUGUCCUAAAUUGUGCAGCGAUCGUUACCUUCUGCCAACGGCCAUCAUUUACCCGUCCAAGGCAACGUUAAGUCGCAGAGCAUCGAGCGAUACGCAGUCACAGUCCGACACGUACGUCACCGCAAGCACCGCCGGAAACGCCUCGAAGACGUCAAGCGUGACGAGCGUCUGCGAGGCGUCGAGGAGCGGCUCGAAGAUGGAGGAUUCGAAGGCGAAAGACGAGAGACGGGUAUCCGCGCCACCGAUGGACGAUCUCGACGUGCAGUCCGUUAUAAACGAAAGGAGACCGCCCAAGCUGAAGAGCGGAAGCUCGGCGGCGGUGUCGAGCGGCGUGGCCGAUCAGCAAGGACCAACGACGCGGACCGGAAGUUACGGGCGCAUUUACGUUGCCGAGGAGAGGUCCGAAGAGGCGUUGCCGAUGUCUAGUAGCAAUAUGAGCGACAGCAUGAUCGCGAACACGAGUGGAAGCGGUAGCGGCAGCGGAAGCGGCAACGGCAGCAGAAGCGGAAGCAGAAGCGGUAGCAGAAGCGGCAGCAGAAGCGGAAGUAGAAGCGGUAGCGCCGUCCUCUUCGUUCCAGAAGGAGUCUGCGCCACCAUUGGCUCGGAUGUGAGAAUAUACGUCGACGACACCGACUCGGCGAGUAGCAACAAUCAUCGCAGAAGGAUGCACAGCGACGAGACACCGGACGUAUCGACGACGAUGGUCCUCUCGGUGACCGAGGUGCGCGAGGACACCGACGCGACGGAAGUGACCGGGGAAAACAGGCCCGAGAGACCGUCCACCGGUGGACCGUCGGAUCCCUCUUAAUCACGUGGACGAUUAACCAAGAAUCAUCCCCUUUCCUGAAAAAAAAAAAAUAAACAAAAAAGUAUAAAUUUUUAUGCAACUGCUAGCCGACCAUGGUAUCCACGGCGAAGUACCAUGGAGAGUGCUGCGAGGGUUCAACUGCUGGGCUCUAAGAAAGACUGUAGUGCAUGACAAUAUAGUCGUUAUAUUCUAUUCACUUCGUCGCCGUGAACUUGCCAAAAUGAAAGGAGGAAAGGAAGAUACCGCCGAGAAUUUACAAAAAAAGUAGGGAACUUUAGGGUGAUGGGGGAGGUAUAACAACACGCGAACCCGUUUACGAACGUGAAAUUGCGGGAACUGCGGGAGUAAUAAUUAUACUAACGAUUACAAUUCGAUCGCGGGCAGCUCCGUAGCUCGAGUAAUGAUAAACUAAUGAAAGCGCGCUCGCGAUAAACGCAAGUAUAACGCACUUAAAAAAAAAAAAAAAACCUAUGACAAUCUAUUAUUGCCAGCGGAACUGGUUUUACGUUCCGAAACGUUACGAAACGUCGUGGAAGUCGAUUCGUAGGAAUUGGUAGGACGAAGAUGUGUAGCGAGCGGCUUCGAUGCUUCGGACACUUUGCAAUUUUUACUUGGGUGUUUUGUAUCUUUGUUUGUGAUAAAGGAUAAAAGCAAUUAAGGUAUACAGUGGGUGAAAUCAAUAUUUAUUAUUUUGAAGGUAGUAAAGAAGCACAUUGGUAUAGCGCGUUUAAUUCUUAACUGUUUAAUACUUCAUUCUUAAUUGCUUUAUCCUUCGUCAUAGGCAAAAUUACAGAGCUCUCAAGUGAACAGCUUCUUAGUGUCCAAGCAUCGAAACAGCUCGAAGCAGAUAAAAUUAGACGAUAUAGUAGCUCUUAGGUAGAAUCUGUCGAGUCUACGCGACAAUUGCAAUUAAUCGGACCACACUUUCUCGCCUUUCCUUUUUCUCCAGCUCGUGAAAAUUAACGCGUGUCGUUCGCAGGAGAGUUUCGAGAGCCGCGGCGGAUCGUGGUAGCUCUCGACGGAGAAACGAAAGGUGCCAAAACAAAAAAAAAAAAAAAAGAACAAACAUGAUGAAAACGGUCGUUUACCGAAGUGCCAGAAAAAAUCUAGAUAAAAAAAAGAGAAAGAACUUUCGGAAUAAACGUAGCGUAGCCAUCUUCGCAACGGAAGAUUUAGCUGUAAAGAAGAUUAAAAAAAAAAACUGAUGAAUCGUUAAAAAAAACACUAGACGUAAGACGUACCUUCGUAUCGAGUAUUUUCAGAACCAACGUACAGUCGAGAGAAAGGGUUGAGGGGGUGGAUGGGAAGGCUGAACAAACACUGUUACGAUUGGCUGAAGUAAUAACAGCCAGUUGGGACAGCUCAGUCGAUUAUAAUGGUAUUUUUGUCUCUUUCGCUACCACUGUACAUCUAGCCGAGUUCGAGGUAAAUGUGAUUAGAACCUUAAGACUAAUCCGACACGUUGUGAUAAUCUUUAAUACAAAUUGAAACUCGUACAAUCUUAUCUCCAUGUCAAUUGGUUACGUUCGACGAGUUCUCGUGGAAAGCUAUGUCGAGCCAGCUGCCGUGUACUUCCGGAUAAUCCUGCGGCGACGAACAAUCGUGGAAAUGCUCUCUCUUUCCUCUUCGUUUCAUUUAAACGCGUUCUAGAACGUUCUUCUCGUUAACAUCUGUGAUAUACUUUAAUCGUAGUGUAUUUCCUAUAAUGGCAAAACAGAACAUCAGUGAAAACAGCGACAAAGAAACAACAGCAACAACAACAACAACAACAACAAGGAGAAGCAACAAUUAGAAACGUAGCUAAUUUUUUAAGAAAAACGAAGACACGUGUAUAAGCCUCUGGGUAAGGAGUAAGAGAGACACAAAAACGUGUAAUAUAAUACCGUGUGUAAACGGACCGUAGGUACAAACCUUAGGGAUCGGUAGAAUUCGUUCGGAGGAACGUGAAAGCCUUAGUAAACAUGUGUCUGAAAAUUAAUAACUUCGUAAGCGCGCAGCUUUUUAGUUCGUUGGGUAAAAUUUGACGGUGUUAGUUCUCGAAAUCGCUACCACAUGGCUGUCUAACCGAUUCUAUUCUCGCAAGUUUCCGCUUCGACACCGAUUUCUAUAUAUACAAGAGUGUUUUAUGAAUUGCGAACGUAAUUCCAAGAUCGAAUUCAGCGCACAAAAGUAACGAAACAAAUUUUUAGUACGUCGUUAAUUCUAAUUCCAAGCAGAGACAGCGAAAUUCUAUUGCUAUAAUUAUUUUUAAACACUUUUUUGAUACUAUUCUUACUAACAUUACUAGUUUCCAACAUCUUCUGUUGAGACACGAAUAAUCAGAAAUUCUAAUAAUUCGAAGGUUAGAUAUUCGUAUGAUUAUUUUUUGCAUAUUGAAUUUAGUCUUGAAAUUACGCUUACAUUUCGUGAAACUUCCUGUAUGAAUGGUGAAGUACUCGAAGCACACUUAAUCGAUACCUUGGUGUACUCAGGGGCUUAGCAUGCUAGUGUAUGUAAAGUGUAUAGCUUUUGUCUCUGGGACUUGAACUCUCGACACUUAAUUGCUUCACCAUGUUUGCCUCCACUGUUUUUCCAGCAUUACUAUAUUUGUUCAUUCAAGAGAACACUUGUGUUUAAGACAGGGUCUCUGAAUAAUCCCACGAGCAGAUUCAGCAUAAAAUGCACAGCAUCUAUCUCUCAUUCUAUGCUUUCUAAACAUACUCCAUGCAUAUGGUUACGUGUAGUGACUUGCACGAUUUCAGACUUACCGAGACAUUAUUACAUUAUACCUAUCAAUUGGAUCAUGCUUGGUAUUGGUACAUUCACAACUCGUUAGAAACACAAGAAACUAGAGAAAUCUAAAAUGUUAAAUUAACUUGGUUUGAAAAGUUUUAAUUGGUAAUUUAAUAAAAAUUGUGUACUUCUCGCUAAUUUCUUCAAAAUUGAAGGGAAGAAAUAGAAUGAUAAUUAUUGCAUUAAAAUAAUAAUUUAUAAAGAGAAGUAAUAAUUUGGAAAUUAAUUGUUAUAGUACAUUUUUAUUUGGAUUAUAUUUGAUCUCUAAUUUUGUAGUUACUAUCUUAUAAAGUAAACUUUUCAACUAUUUUAUCACUCGGUCAAUUUUCUUUAUUAAUUAAUAACGAUAGCAGCUGUAAUUGGCGCAUAAAAUUAUACAAAAAUAUUGGAUUGAUCUUGAAAAAUUAAAAGUCGAACUACUGUUACCAAGGAAAAUGCUGUUUGUUUACAAAAAAUGUCAAUGAAAAUUAAUCAUCAACACUGACACAUGCCAUAGAAUGAUUGAUGUCCCGACAAAUCACCUUGUCCAGAAUUAUAGUUUGGUCGAACUCAAUUGACCGUUCCAUGCCACUUCGCCAGCUGUGAUUCAUGCGAGAGGAAUAACUAUAACAUCGAGCACAGAUGUUUAGUCCUGGAAGCAAUUCUAAAACAAACAUGAACUAAUAAGUACCAAGUUAGAUGUACACAAGCAGUACUAAAGUAAAACUGCUGACACUUUGCAGUGCUCCGUUAGUACUAUACAUCUGAGCUUCACACUGUGGAAUAGUGGUUUAGAAUCUAAACUUUAAACAAACAGAAUGGUGGGGAUAAACCUUCGAUAGGCUUGGUUCCACUUGGAUGAACUUGCAAUAGACAUACUUUAUAGUGGAUUAUUUCAGUACUCCUUUUGAGCAUUUCAUCUGUCCUCCAUUAACUCGCGAGACUCAUUUUACGUGACCCACAGUAUGUAUAGUUAUAAAAAGAACCAUCGAGUUCCAAACUAUACACCUGAUUACUUACGAAACUAUAAAUUUCCAAACACGUGUUUACUUACACUUCCUGAUUUUUUUCAACGAGUUCUAUCAAGCUUCAACGUUUGUACCAUGGUUUAUUCACAUCCAUACUACAUAUACAUUGUCGGUGGAAGAGAUAACGAUAAACUUUCCAUAGAAGACUCGAGUGGUUUGUAAAGUAAUAGUCCCUAGACCACUAAGAACCCAAACAUGCUUCUAGACACUCGUAAUAGGGUUGCCUUAGUUGAUUACUUCUCUUCAGAUCCUUCGGGUUCUGCAGUUAGAAAAUGAUCGUUUAAGAUCAUCGAGGGGUUAUCCUCACCACUGUUACCAGUAGGUACGUGUAACGUGUUCCACAAUCAGAGAGACAAUCUAUAAUAUUACAUGGUGUGCUUCGCAGUAGUUAAAAUUAUUUUCGAAGCGAUGGGAUUGAUGCUCGAUGAAUUCUAUCGAUACCAAUUAUAAUUAUAGUUUUACGUCAAACAGUAUCGAACAUGUGGGUAUCAAUAGAAUCGUUAUUCGUUCGAUGCUUUCUGAAUAAUGUUGAAAUUGCUUGGUCAAGCGAGAGUGAGGUCUGUGGUUUAUCGCGCUUAGGUAAAUUAUACUCGCUCGAUUGGAAAGUAUCCCUAAGUUUAUAGAAACAUCGAAACGGUGGAUCUCCAGAAAAUGUGACGCCACGUUACAAUUCAUACUUAAACAGCCUUCAACGAGUCAAUUCAAUACUUUAACUCUUUGGGCCCUUUCUUGGGGCCCUCUUCAGAACUAAGUAACUCAAAAUCUAAAAUUAGGAAAGUACUUAAAAUAACAAUAAAUAACAUAAAAUUAGAGUACUCGCGAAUUCUUGUACUUGCACACUUUAAUAACUAAAACUGUUAAAAAUAAGAGUAAAUUUUAAGUGCAUCGGGGUUGAAAAUUUCCGUUACUAUUACGAAUUACGAGAACGUAGAGCCUAACUUUUCUAUAAAAAGCCUUCUUCUAUACAGAUCAGUUUCUCUUUAUUGAGCAAUGGUUUAUAACGUAAUAUAAGUGUUAGAUUCGUAAAUUUUCUCGUGGUGAUAAGGAAUGGAAAACGAUUGAAUUUAUAUAAUAGAGUUCUUACGACUAAUUUGAAAUAUAUUUACAAUUAAGACUACAAUGUACAGAAGAGAAAUCUCAAAACCAUGUUUCUUGAAAUCAAAACUAAAUACCAUCUAUAUAAGUACAAAAAAAAAACAGAAUCCACUCUUGAUUACUUGUUAGAUAAGAAAUGAAACAUUUUGUAAUUACUUGAAGUCGUAGAUGUUUGUUUUCCCUUUUUAGAGUAUAUUGAUAUCGGAUAUUGAUAACAAAAAAAAUGCUCGGAUUCGUGAUCAGGAGACGUUUCAACGUUUGUCCUAAGAAAAGAAUCUCCACCUGUGCUUCGCAAAUUGAUAAUCGACAAUCCUCGUGUACCUUAGAAUAACCGCGGUCUGGAGUGACUGGCAAAUAUUUUUGGCUCAUUGUACCAGUUCAAUACUGUUUUCUUAUUUUAAAUAGAUUUACAAUAGUCUCGAUACCGAGAGUCGGAGAUUUCGAUAGCUUUUCGAUAUAUCUUGUUAACUACUUUGGUAUCGAAUAGUUCGAGUAGCAGUCCUAUCGCUACAUCUGGAGCGGUCAAUCGUGUUUGUCGUGACUAUAACGUAGGAAAAGUACAGUAAAUCCUGUCUAAGAGACGCUCGGUCAGGUCUCGGUUAUGUUGCUUAGAGAUGGAGGUGGAUGAAAUUUACUUUAUCACCGAAACAAGCAGAAAAUGGUCGAUUUUUGUUAUAAAUCUACCAUUUUUUACUUCUCUAAAUAAACCUUUGCGCUGCUUCUUACAAAGGAGCCGUGGCAACCUAACGCCGAGACUGGCUCCAAGACACCAGUUUCAAAAAGUGGUGAGAAUCACCAGACGAUUUUUAGAAGGGAUCUACUGUACUUUGGUAUCGAAUGGUUAACAUUAGCGUCGAUACCAAAUCUCGUCAGUCCCAUCGUCACAUCUCAAACGGUCGAUCAUGUUAGACGUGACUCUAACGUAGGAAAAGUUACUCUUAACUAUAGUCUUUAGAUACCGAAACGCUCUAUACGUCUCUUCCACCGGCAAUACGUAUACAUAUAAUAGGAGGAUCUACUGUACAUACAUACACUUACGAAUAUUCUACAUACUCUACACUCGGUGUGGUUUAUUUUGAUACUACCGCGUGCGGUAAUAUUUAACGAUUGUCGGAAUAAAUCCAACAAAAAAAUAAAUAAAUAAAUAAAUAAAUAAAAAUAACAAAUAAUAAUAAAGUAAAUAACUCUAUGCCUUCUAACGUUGACGAACGUUGACGAACCUUCGUGCGGUGGUGGUGUCCGCAUUUCGAAACAAUCAACAGCAACCGGCGCCUCCUUUUUCGUUGACUCGAAGAUUAUAGGUUGCCAAACGGAGGCGGGCGAAAUUUGAUUCGAAUGUUGAAUGACGAAUAAAAUCAACGCAGAGCGACUUCGUCUCAACAUCUACUCGAGUACUUGAAUUUUUGUUCGAUUCAUUGUAAUAUAAUCCAUUCUGAAAGUUGAUCGAGGAUGUAACGAAUAAAGUGUUGUUCAUCUGUUA